AUGGCCUCACGCCGAUUGGCCCUCAACGUCAAUCAGGCGCUACGGAGCCGAGCUGCCCUUCGCUCCAUACGGCCCCCAAAAAGAGGCUUUGCGACCCCCAUCGACCAUGGGAUAAACACCGAAAGCACUACCCUCUCGAAUGGGCUCACAAUUGCUACCGAGCAUUCCCCUUGGGCGCAAACCUCCACUGUUGGCGUUUGGAUAGACGCAGGAUCAAGGGCUGAAACGGAUAAGACCAAUGGCACUGCCCAUUUUCUCGAACAUCUGGCGUUCAAGGGUACCGGCAAUCGAACCCAACAGCAACUAGAGCUAGAGAUCGAAAACAUGGGGGGCCAUCUCAACGCCUAUACUUCUCGGGAAAACACCGUCUAUUACGCCAAGUCUUUCAACGCUGAUGUACCGGCUUGCGUCAAUAUCCUGUCCGAUAUCCUCCAGCACUCGCGCCUGGAUUCUCAAGCUAUUGAAAGAGAGCGAGAUGUCAUACUUCGAGAGCAGGAGGAAGUAGAUAAGCAAAUGGAGGAAGUCGUCUUUGACCAUUUGCACGCCACAGCUUUUCAAGGCCAGCCCCUUGGACGAACGAUUCUAGGCCCUAAGGAAAAUAUAGCGAGCAUACAGAGGGACGAUCUUGUGGGCUAUAUAAAGAAGAAUUACCUCGCGGAUCGCAUGGUACUGGUAGGAGCCGGUGGCAUUCCGCAUCAACAAUUAGUUGAGCUUGCCGAGAAACACUUCUCUAACCUUCCACGGGAACCGCCCACAUCCUCAGCUAUUGCCCAAGCGGCCGCGCAGAAGACAAAGCCAGACUUCGUGGGCUCUGAAGUUCGGAUACGAGACGACACGGUCACAACAGCCAACAUCGCCAUCGCAGUUGAAGGCGUGAGUUGGAAAGACGAUGAUUACUUUACAGGCUUAGUCACCCAAGCGAUCGUUGGGAACUGGGAUCGAGCAAUGGGCAAUUCGCCCUACCUUGGAAGCAAGCUCAGCACUUUCAUCCACGAGAAUAAGCUCGCGAAUAGCUUCAUGAGUUUCUCCACUAGCUACAGUGAUACAGGUCUAUGGGGCAUAUAUCUAGUGACAGAGAACAAGACUCAAAUCGAUGACUUGGUACAUUUCACUCUCCGAGAAUGGUCACGACUUUCAUACAACGUCUCUGAGGCGGAGACGGAGCGGGCGAAAGCUCAAUUGAAGGCCUCCAUACUGCUUUCGUUGGACGGUACAACCGCCGUCGCGGAGGAUAUCGGUCGCCAGAUCGUUACUACAGGACGGCGAAUGAACCCUGAAGAGGUGGAACGAGUGAUCGGCAGCAUCAGCGAGAAAGACGUCAUGAGCUUUGCGCGUAGGAAACUGUGGGAUCAAGACAUUGCUGUCAGCGCUGUAGGAAGCAUUGAGGGAUUACUGGAUUACAACCGGAUACGGAAUGAUAUGUCUAGGAAUGCGUGA